AUGGCGGGAACAAGAAAGAGAAAGAGCUGUCACAGAGAGGAGACAAGGGGAGCACACAAGCCAAUAACUAUGGAACAUAGAAGAAGUGAAGAAGAAGAAGAAGCAAUACUCAGAGAAGAAGUGAAGAAGAAGAUAACAGAAGAGAAAAGAGAAAUGGAAGAGGGAUGUUCGAUGUGCAAGCAGAGGGCGGCGAUAGUGUGCGACUCCGACCAGGCAAAGUUAUGUUGGGACUGCGACGAGAAGGUUCACAGCGCCAAUUUCUUGGUGGCUAAACAUUGGCGUGUCGGUCUGUGUGUUUCAUGCCGUUCCCGCACCCCCUGGAAAGCCUCCGGCGAAAAACUCACACCCACCGUCGCCUUUUGUCAAUCUUGUGUCGCCCAUGCAGAUUCCAUGUGGCACUGGUUGCUCAACAAUAUUCACCAAUAUCGUCCUUGCGCGAACCCUCGCAACAACAAUGGUGCAGAAAGGGAGAAUGAAUCCGCUUCUGCCUCUUGGCCAUCCAACUCUUUCUGCAUCGAUUCCCAUGAUGAGACAGCGUGUUCUUCUUCCUCGGCCAUGGUUAUCGAAGACGCUACAUUGCCCAACAACGACUCAUCCUCUGUGACCUUAUUGAAGAUGCAAGGACAUGAUAAAAGAAAGUGA